CAACUAUAUAUCCUACCUGCAACUAUAUUUUUGUUCUUUCCAAAUAUCAAAAUGGGUACUCUCCAGUUGAGCUCUUGUGGUUCAUCAUUUUGCUCACCCAUCCCUUCCAACCUGAUUAGUCACAACAUUACCACCUCCCAUUCAACUCCCAGCUCACUCACUUUCUCCAGAGGGAAAAUCAGAGCUGUUACCACAGUCCCAAAUAGUAGUGAACCUGCACAAGCCAUUGAACCAGAACAGGAACCCCCUCUGGUUGAUUUUGCAUUUGUUAGCUCUGUGUUGCUACCUGAUCAAACUCCGGAUGUGCAUCUUCGUCAAGCAUGUGGAGGACAGAAGCUUAGGAAUAUAAUGUUGGAUGGAAAUAUUGAAUUGUAUGGACCAUAUGCUAGACCUCUGCUGAAUUGUGCUGGAGGAGGAACCUGUGGAACAUGUAUGGUGGAGGUUAUUAAAGGAAAGGAGCUCUUAACACCUAGGACAGACAAAGAAAAGGAACACCUUCAAAAGAAACCAAAGAACUGGAGACUUGCUUGCCAAACCACAGUAGGGAAACCUGACUCCAGAGGGCUGGUUGUUGUUCAACAACUACCUGAAUGGAAAGCACAUGAAUGGAAGUAUGAGAAUGUCCUAGUGAACCCUUCACAGUCCUCUUAAGACUUUGCUCUAAUUUUCCCCUACCAUUGUAAAUUUUUAGAUGAAGAGAAUAUUAAAUUUCUAAAUUAUCUUUUUUCUUUUUCUGAA